GGCGCUUUAGUUCAAAUCGAGCGCUUCAAGUGGCAUAUAAUUAUAAUAAACGAAACUACUUAUAAACAAAUCAAAUAUCCAUAGGAUUCUGCUCUCUUUUUUUUUUGGUUUUUUGUUGUUAAGAAGCGUUGCUAGAAAAUGUUUCCACAGCAUCAGCGGCUUCUGGGCCUGGCAUUGAUGCUAUUGGCGAUCGGAUGUGGCAGUUCGUUAGGUAAAAAACUAGAGAAACGUUGUGUCAACUGUUCAUAUCGUACGUAUUACACCUAUGGCGAUGGCCGUUCCCUGCAGCGCGUGGUCUAUCAAGAUCCGGUCUACACACGUGCUGCCCAGACUUACGGCUGCAGCGGCAAUCCGUGUGGCGUGAAUGCCGUGUGCCAGGAGGCCUCCGGCGGCCGUCCGGUUUGCUCCUGUCCGCCCGGCUUUAGCGGUAAUCCGCUUACGCACUGCAAUCGUGGCGAAUGCCUCGACAACAUCGACUGCCGUGGAGACCUGCAGUGCAAGGAUAAUCGUUGCGUUAACCCAUGUGUGGGCGCCUGUGGCGUUGGCUCCAAUUGUGAUGCCAGAAAUCAUGUCGCCGUUUGCAGUUGCCCCGCUGGCUACAAUGGUGAUCCGUACACUUCCUGCCAUCUGAACGAUCCAGAGGAACAAUGCCAUCCGAGUCCUUGCGGCGUUAAUACCAAGUGUGAGAUUAUUAACGGAGUGCCAACCUGCUCCUGCAUCCACGGUUAUCUGGGCAACCCGCUGAGCGGCUGUCGCCAUGAGUGCGAGCACGACGGCGACUGUGGCGGUCGGGACAUGUGCAGCAACUUUAAGUGUGUGCCGUCCUGUGGACAGUGCGGCAUUGGCGCCAACUGCAAGACGGUGGCCAAUCAUCGGGCGGUUUGUGAAUGCCCCAAGGGAUAUAUUGGCAGUCCGUAUACAGAGUGUCGGCCGGAGUGUUAUGGUGAUUCCGAUUGCCCAGCGGGACGACCUGCCUGCUUUUAUGGCAUCUGUAAGAAUACUUGCGACGGCGCCUGUGGCGUUGGUGCCGAUUGCAAUCUGCGCGGCUUGACGCCAGUUUGCAGCUGUCCGCGUGACAUGACCGGUGAUCCCUUCGUGCGCUGUCGCCCAUUCACCAAGGAGGACCUCUGUGAGCCCAAUCCAUGCGGCACCAAUGCCAUUUGUGUGCCCGGUCACGAUAAUACUGGACGCGAGCGUCCCGUCUGCAAUUGUCUGCCGGGUCACACCGGAAAUCCGCUCUCCCAUUGCUCACGGGGUGAAUGCCUCAGCAACAACGAGUGCCCGGAUCACAGGGCGUGCAUCAAUUAUCAGUGUGUCGAUCCUUGCAUUGGCAAAUGCGCCACCGGCGCCAGUUGUGAGGCCAAGGCUCAUCUCGCCGUCUGCCGCUGUCCAGCUGGUCAGUCUGGAGAUGCGCUCGUCUCCUGCCGCCAGACACGCACCUUCCCAGUGGCCAAAUACCACUAAAAUGUUUACCCAUCCGAGUGGGUGGAUAGCAAACGCCGCACUGCCUGCCUCAAUUUCAACUUCGAUAAACAACAGCAACUCACAACCAGCAGUUGAGCUCUCAGUUCUUAUCUAUCAAACGGUCUGCGUAUCUUUCAAAAUGUUGCUAAUUUAAUGCACCUGAUUCGGCCACGAUAUUAGGACCUGGCACUUACAUUUCAACUCCGCUAAAACAAAUUGUAAAACAAAUAAAAGAAAAUUGCUAUUUUAUUACGAAAAA